UUUACCAUGCCUUCCUUCCCCAUAAGGCAGCGGUAGCGGAGCCCCUACACAGACUCCUAGAUAAAAGGGCCCCUUGGGUGUGGGGCCAGCGACAAAGGGCCGCAUUCCAGGCAGUCAAGGACUUGCUCGUCUCAAACUCGGUCUUGGCACACUUCGACGAGAGGCUGCCAGUGGUGCUGGCAUGCGACGCCUCUCCCUAUGGCAUCGGCGCUGUCCUGGGACACCAACUCCCGGAUGGAAGAGAGGUGCCGGUGGCAUACUUCUCCCAGACGCUUGCUGCAGCCGAACGAAACUACUCACAGAGUGACAAGGAGGGUCUGGCAAUCGUGAAGGGCGUAAAAAAAUUCCAUGAUUUCUUGUACGGGCGGCCCUUUACCAUAGUGACUGACCACAAGCCGUUGCUUGGCCUGUUUGCCCCCGAGAAGCAGACCCCCCAAGUGUUGUCUCCACGUGUCCUCAGGUGGUCAAUUUUCCUUGCCGGCUACCAGUAUGCACUAAUCCACCGCCCUGGGAAGGCGAUGGGCCACGCAGACGCACUCAGCAGGCUACCACUACCAGAAACAGGCCCCGACCCAGCGCCUGCGCAAGAGGUUAUGACCCUGGAGCUGCUUCCCGACCGACCCAUUCAGGCACAAGAAGUUGCGCACCAUUCCACAAAAGAUAGGGUCAUCUCCCGGGUCCUGGACUGGGUGUGGCGAGGAUGGCCCAGCAGCAGCCCCGGGCCAGAAUUCGCUGGCUACACAAACCGCAAACAUGAACUGUCGGCCCACAAGGGGUGCCUGUUAUGGGGAAGCAGGGUUGUUGUUCCCCAGCCCCUCCGCAAAAGGGUCCUCACAGCCCUACACGAGACACACCCAGGGGUAGUGAGGAUGAAGGCCCUUGCCAGGAGUUAUGUGUGGUGGCCGGGGAUUGACAGAGAGAUAGAGGCCUGGGUCCAACACUGCCAGACCUGCCAAGAAUCCCGCCCGGAUCCCCCAAGGGCCCCAGUCCAGCCCUGGGAGUCCGCCCAACAUCCAUGGUCACGCUUGCACGUGGACUUCGCUGGCCCCUUCCAGGGAAAAACAUUCUUCAUAGUGGUGGAUUCCUACACCAAAUGGCUGGAGGUCGCACUGGUACCGUCCACUUCUACGGCGGCAGCCAUCCGGGUACUACGUAAGCUGUUUGCAACCCACGGGCUCCCUGACACCCUCGUCUCGGACAAUGGAACCGCAUUCACGUCAGAGGAGUUCCAGACCUUCACAGCGCAGAACGCCAUCCGCCACAUCCGCUCAGCACCAUUCCACCCCGCCACCAAUGGCCAAGCGGAGCGCAUGGUGCGGACCACCAAGGACAGCCUCCGCCGCAUAACACAAGGGGACUGGGAAUACCGCCUUGCCGCAUUUCUUCUAGCACAGCACAGCACCCCAAGCACAACGACGGGCCGGAGCCCAGCUGAACUACUCAUGGGCCGGCGCCUUGCAACUAGACUGGACCGACUUCACCCCGACAGAGCUCAGGAUGAGGUAGUGGUGGGGAAAGGCAGGAACCCCCGGACAUUUGUGGCCCAGGACCCAGUGUAUGCAAAGAAUUUUGGGGCAGGCCCAGCAUGGGUACCCGCCACAGUCACCAAGGUGACCGGUCCCGUGUCGUACGAGGUACUAACGGAAGGGGGGCAAUGUUGGCGCCGCCACUGCGACCAGCUACGGCGACGAUUCCCAGGAGGAACCCGGGAGGAGAGCGGGACAGAGGGGUCCCAAGGGGACAGCAGGGCAGUGAGGCCUGUAGAGCGAGAGGGGUGGGCAGGGGAAGCAGAAGCAGUAGGCACAGAGGGGCGCCCCGAGGCUGGAAGGACACCGGAACCAGAGUCACAACCUAGUGGUUCAGUGGCGCCAGACCAGACAGCCCCGGCACAGCCAGCAGCCUCGGAACACGAGCCAGAACCAGAACCCCUGACCAAGGAACACCCCAGGCCACAACGCACACGGAGGCGGCCAGCAGACCUUGGGGACUACGAAUGCAACUUCCCGGGCAGGACUGGAACUUAG